GCCAGUAUAAAAGACCGAAUAUGAGGACGAUUGCUUUCGGUUUAUGCUGCAUAUUGCCUGCCCUAUUUGGUCAACUGUAUGCCGGUAAGUUUUGUACUGUUUUGUAUUAAUAGUAGAUGUAAUUUGCUAAUGAACACAUCAAAUUGUUAGUCGCAAGUCGCGAUUUGAAUCACCAUUGUGAAAUACACAUGACAUUCACAUGACAUUCGAUAUGGUGUGAACUCACUCAUUUCAAUCCCUCAGAAGGAAAAAUGAAAAAUAUAGCCAAUUUCUUCUCUUCCAGAUGAAUUAGAAAAAACGAAAUCAUACAGUUAUUUUUAACUAAUUAAUACCUUAAAGGUUUAUUGCACACAAACCAACAAACGCGCCUCAAAGCAGUCCAAAAAUACAUUUUCCUAACAAUUACCCCCGGUGUCGAAUAUAGCCUAUACUAAAGUAGUAAAGAUGUACACAAGGAGAGCCUUGAAUGUUGUUAUCUGUAUAUUUUUAGGUAAUUUUAUCGGCGCAGUGUCUUUGAAGUACAAUGCAUUCAUAGUGUUAGAAGGAGGGCAUUUUGAAAUGACAUGCGAGGCAACACACGAAGAUAGAAGACCUGACUUGCAAUUGUAUUUUAUUAACUAUUCUCAGAAAAGAACAAAUCUCACUGGCUUCGAGACCAGCGGUACAGGUUGGUUGCAGAGAUGUGAAUAUCUUGACUUGUCUUAUUUAACACAACUUCUUUUUGAAUUGGUUAGGGUUAGGGUUAGGGUAACCUAAGGGGAACCCUAUAACCCUUCUAUAGAGUAACUUCAAUUUUAACUGGUUUUAUUUCAGGUUACACAGCCAAACACACGUAUUCUCGAAGCGGAGCCAGAUCAUCUGACAGCGGUGAUUAUUUUUGUUGUGCUAAAGUCGGUGAGGAUGCCGACCAGAAGAAAACAAGCGCUGGUAUUCCUAUACAAGUUAUUAGAAGUUUUCUAUAGUUGUGGAAUUUUGCAAUGUUGUCUUCACAAUGUAACUGUAAUCUGUAUGCAAUAUGUGCUUUAUAUUAAAUAUUAAAUUAUUUGGUCAUUUAAGGCUUUUACAUCACUUUAGAGUAAGUCCAACGCAGCUUUCGUGUAGUGACAUGUAGCAAUGCUGUUCCAACAACUUGUCAACAGGAUAUGUUCGCACUGCUUGUUCCAAGCUUGUUGCCAAAUUGUCAACGGCUUGUUGAUAACUUGCUACAAGGUUGUUGAGCUCAACAGACUUGUUACAACUUGUUAUCGUCCUGCAAUUCAACAAGUUGCGAGUGACAACCUUGUAGCAACUUGAUAAAAAAACCAGCAUUGCCAUUGUUACAACUUGUUGACAAGCUUGCUACAAGCCUGUUGCGAACACAUCUUGUCGACAAGUUGUGAGAUUUUUACGUGUGACAUUAUGUUUAAAUACAAAUUUAGCACAAAAAUACUCAGUUGGUCUGCAGGAAAUUUUAUUUCUAAGUUGUGCUCCCAGGAAGAAAACUUUCUUCACCAGUCCAGUUCACAUCACUAGUUAUCCCAAUGAGCACCGGUGCUUUACACACGUAAAAACGCACAAGUUGUUACAGGUCUGCAAACAAGUUGUUACAAAUAUGUUCACAAGCUGUCAACAAGUUAUCUUCGCACUGCUUGUUCCCAGUUGUUGUAACAAGUUCGGAACAAGCUGUUAACAACUUGUAACAAGCUUGAUGGCAUUAUCAGACUUGUCACAAGGUUGUUCUAACAAGUCUGAUACAGUCAUGAUAUAACAAGAAUGGUACAAGGUUGUUCUAACAAGUCUGAUACAGUCUUGAUAUAACAAGAAUGGUACAAGGUUGUUCUAACAAGUCUGAUACAGUCAUAAUAUAACAAGAAUGUUACAAGGUUGACGACACAAGGUUGUAACAAUAUUGUUAUAUCAUGACUGUAUUGGACUUGUUGGAACAACCUUGCAACAAGUCUGAUGGUAUCAACAAGGUUGUUACAAGUUGUUAACAGCUUGUUCCAAACUUGUUGACAACUUGGGACAAGCGGUGCGAAGACAACUUGUUGACAACUUGUUGGCAGACUUGCUACAAGAUGUGAGAUUUUACGCGUGCCACUUGAGUUGUACUGUAUAAAUCAAGCACACAAAGAUCGGUUACAUCAAUUGAAUGUAGAAAGGUCUUGACCCUAAUCUCCAUACGCAAUCAAAUAUUUCCAAUGCACUAGUCUUUCAUAUCAAAUUACACUGCAAAAAUGCAUGCAUCAAUUCAAAACAUUUCUCAAUAAAAAUCAACCGUUAAAAUUAGUUUCAACCAUUUUACGUAUCACGCGAAGAAACACCAAACCGGACGCAAAAAUAUUUCCAUCUUUAUUUUUUCUUAAAAUAAUUUAUUUAAAUUGCAAAUACCUGUUGAAUUAAUCACGCUUUUAUCACCUUGGGCUCGAGGAAAUAUUUUAUUCAUGAGCAAUUUAUAAACAAAUAUCUUUGAUAUUCGAUUGCGAAGUGUAGCCAGUAUAAGGACCGAAAAUGAGGACGAUUGCUUUCGGUUUGUGCUGCAUAUUGCCUGCCCUAUUUGGUCAACUGUAUGCCGGUAAGUUUUGUACUGUUUUGUAUUAAUAGUAGAUGUAGUUUGCUAUAUUUGAACACAUCAAAUUGUUAGUCGCAAGUCUUGAGUAAAAUCUGUAGUAUAAAGGUACAAUUAAAUGGCGAAUUCCGAAGUUUAAUGCGGCAUUAUAAUACUUAGAAUGCUGUAUUUAACUGCUAGUACUUUACAAUAUUGAUGGGCCAAUCAAAUUUGAAGUUUUCUAUGAUUUUAAUACAUAAUAUAGCGAGGGGGAACCAGGGAAAGGGGAACUUAAAUUGUUUGAAUUACGUUGUCAUUUGAAAGUAAACAUAUAACUACAUCAAUAGCGUCGUUUGGCCCCAAAAUCCAAAUUCUUAGUUUACUGUGAUUUUGUAUAUAAAAUUAUAAGUUCAGAUACGUUUUUCGUUGAAAUUAGAACCCCAAAUUGCAAGUGUUCAUAAUCCUUAAUACUGAUGUUUCUUAAUUUAAAAGUUCGCAAUUUCCGGCUACCAGCCCUUAUAUAUACCAAAACGUUUAAACUGAAGUAAUUCUUAAACCAAUUUACUGGGUUAAAUUGGGUUGGGCCAAUAUAACUAUAAAAGUAUAAGGCAAUAAACGGUUUCCAUUUCGUACUUAGUUAUAUUUGGUGUUAUAUUUUUGAAACUUUAUAAGUUUCGAUUUUGUUCGGUAUGUCGUAAACUAAAUCGAGCUAUUUUACCCUGUGAACGUAAAAAUCUCACAACCAGUUAACAAGAUGUGUUCGCAACAGGCUUGUAGCAAGCUUGUCGACAAGUUUUGACAACGCUGUUAUUUUAUCAAGUCGCUACAAGAUUGUCACUCACAACUUGUUGAAUUGCAGAGUCACGUUGUUGGAACAACUUGACUUGUGACAAGUCUGUUGAGCUCAGCAACCUUGUAGCAAGUUGUCAACAGGCUGGGAACAAAGCAAUGCGAACACAUCCUGUUGACAAGUUGUUGGAACAGCAUAUUGCUACAAGUACGCUGCAGGUUUGUUACAGCUUGUGCGUUUUUACGUCAUGUGCAUAAGGGUUUCUGUAUUGCACACAAGAAGAGCCUUGAAUGUUAUUAUCUGUAUAUUUUUAGGUGACUUUAUCGGUGCAGUGACUCUGAAGUAUAAUGUAUUCACAGUGUUGGAGGGGGACCGUUUUCAAAUGACAUGCGAGGCAACACACGAAGAUAGAAGACCUGACUUGUUUUGGUAUUUUGUUGACUAUUCUCAGAAAGAAACAAAUGUUACUGGCAUCCAGACCAGUGGCACAGGUUGGUGGCUGAGAUUUGACACAAAUAUAAAAACUAUAUUCAAAACUUAUGAGUUAGACCGUUUGGGUAACCUAACCCUAUAACCCUUUUAUAGAGUAACUUCAAUUUGGUUUUAUUUCAGGUAACACAGCCACACACACAUAUGUUCAUAACGGAGCCAGAUUAACUGACAGCGGUGAUUAUUUUUGUUUUGCUUUUGUCGGCGAGGAUGCGGACCAGAAGAAAACAAGCGCUGGUAUUCCCAUACAAGUUAUUAAAAGUAAGUUGAAUGCCAAGUGGCGUCCAAAUGUCCAAUAGCUCUUCAAUUAGCCAUUCCGAAGUUGAUGAUAGGACUGGGGACGAGUGUUAAAAAGUGCCCAAAUUAAGAAAUGAACCAAAUAACUAAAAACACCACCUCAAAAUUAGUUAGUAUGCAAAGUUUGAAGACGUUUACAUGAAUACUCUUCGAAUAAUAAGCUUUCGAAAAUUGUGAAAUUACUGAUUAAAAGAUUGUUUAUGGGACGCGUGUCCCAAAAACAAAAAUUACAAUACAUUUCAUAGUAAAUAUCACGAUUUUCGAAAGUUUAUUAUUCGUGUAAGGAUAUUCAUGUAAACGUCUUCAAACUUUGUAUACUUACUAAUUUUGAGGUGGUCUUUUUAGUGAUUUGGUUCAUUUCUUAAUUUGGGCGCUUUUUAACACUCGUCCCCAGUCCACUCAUCAACUUCGGAAUGGCUAAUGGUUCGCAGUAAAUGACCGUAGCUGUUGCGGUUUCCAAGCCUGUUGAGGCAAAAUGUAAUAAAUAAAUUUCUGUCUCUUCGCUUGACUCGAGUUUCUCGAGUUCUCACUCCAGUUAAUAUAUGGAGCUCAGUGUUCUAACAUAUUCUAUAAUACGUUCCAGGGGAGAACGAGCCUCGAGUGAAAAUCACGAAGGCAAGAAUCAAAGGGCAAACGGUGCUCACAUGUAUGGUGUACCCCGCCGGCAGCGGCUAUCUCACGUGGCGUUACGAUGGCAAACUUAUCAAGUACGAGAAGCGGCUAGUCAGUGAACUGGAACUAGUGACUCCGUCAGAUGGCGAAUACCGAUGCUAUGGCAACCUCACUUUGGGGGGAUAUAAGUAUUUUCUCAGCAACGCAUACGCUACAGGUAAGAUUGAAGAACACUUGGGGGUUAUUUGGGAUACACAGGUUUAUUUAUACGAAAGCCGAAUACCGCUAGCCACUGGAUAUUGA